UAUUUAAGUAUGCUAAUCUGGUUGCUUUUUGUACCAGGUCCAUCUAAACGCGACAUGCUCAUCCCGUUCAGAUCAAAAUGCCGCGUCUUAGAAGUAACUACAUGGUUAAAGUACGCAAAAGGAUGGUCAAAAGAAUUCCAAAUUUUGAUAAAGACGUUAAUCCUCAUAUCGACUCUAAGAUCAAAUAUCUUAGAAACAAGUAUAAUCCUAUUUCCGAGAUGUUGAUGCAAAGUGGGUGUCAAUGGGAUACUGUUGAGAACAAAAUUGCUUGUGAGAGGCAAUGGUACGAUGACUGGUGUAAGAAUCAUAAAAAUGCAUCUGGUUUAUGGAACUUCAAAUUCCUUUAUCUACAAAAAUUGGACAAUGUGUGGGGUAGAGAUAGGGCAACAGGGCUACAAGCCGAAGAUAUAUCACAAGCAUGCGAAGAUACCAAUAACAACACAGAUGUAGUGUUAUCGUCUUCCUCUGAUAGUGAAGAUGAAGUUGUUAAAGUCACAAAAACACAAAGCAUUCCAAGCCUAAAGAGACAAAAGAAAGUAUCGCCUCCAACAGAAAGUUCUCACAAGAAAAAGAAACCAAUGACACUUCAAGAAACCAUGGAUACAAAGUUAAACUCCUUUGCUUCUGAUUUUAAGUCUAUUUGUGGUGAAAUGGUAGAAAAGAUUGGUGUUGCUGUUAAUGCUUUGAUCGUGGAUAGUAAUAAAUCUGAAACCGUGAGCGAAGAGAAGAUGCAGGAGGUAAUGACUGAACUUGUCAACAUCGGGAUUUCCCACUUGGAUAUUGGCAAGGUUGUCGAGGCUUGCUACAAUGAUCCAACCAAAGUGAAGACGUUGUUUACCUUGCCAUCGUAUAUGAGGAAAGGUUAUGUUAUGGGUUUCUUACAUCCACAAAUUUAGUUCAUGAAUCGUAUCUUAUUAUAUGUUGUUUUGGUAUAAAAGACUACGAAUGAUGUUUAAUAACUGGAUUUUUCGAAUCUAUAAUUUGGUUUUCUA